AUGACAACAAGACUCCCUUUCAAAACGACAUUCGAACCCGAAAGGGCGAUACAGCCCAUAUUCACCGGGGGCUCAGUUGCACUAGACAAUGGUGCCAGGAUUCUGGCCACAAGCCUCGGGGAGGAUGCCGUCUUGACGGAUCUCUCAACCGGGAGGCAGUAUGCUAGAAUUGAAGGAGAUGACGAGCAAAUAUCAACCUUGACAUUGACCCCUUCCGCCUCUCACCUGAUCGUCUGCUCUCGAUCUCUCUCCAUGCGCAUAUACUCCCUCAAAGUAUCCGAAGAUCAAGACGAAAUCGAAGCGACCCUGACCCGAACUCUCAAACCACACGGGACCCCCGUCAUCGUCUUGGCUGUCGACCGGACCGGCACUCUGCUCGCGACCGGCGCUGCCGAUGGUAACAUCAAAGUCUGGGACCUGAUCGGUGGAUAUGUGACACACACGUUCCGGGGACCUAGCGUUCUUGUGUCAGCUCUACACUUCUUCGAGAUCGCCACUAGUAGGCUAGCAGACGAGCAAUUAACGGGCAAGAAGGGCAAGAAGACAAAGCGGAAAAGCGACGUCGGCAGUGAUGACAAGAACGAUGCGACUGCUAGGUUCCGUCUGGCAUCUGGUAGUCAGGAUGGCAAAGUCAGGGUCUGGGACCUGCACAAGCGCGCAGUGGUCGCGGACCUUGAGUCACAUGUGUCGGACGUCCAGGGGUUGGAUUACUCUGCGUCGCAACAUGCGUUGGUUACGGCCAGUCGAGAUAAGACGAUGAUCUGGUGGGAUGCGAAGUCAUGGACCCCGAGAAAGGUCAUACCGACAUUUGAGACGAUGGAAGCCGUGGGCUUCUUAGAAGAUGGCAGGCUGACCUAUACUGCUGGCGUCAAUGGCUGUGUGAGGCUUUGGGAAUCCGACACUGGCCGUGAGGUGACGGCAGAACAGGCAUCGAAGUCUGAGGGGGACUCAAUAGUUGGCGCAGUUCUCUGCUCAGAGCAAAACCUGCUACUGACUGUCCAGACGGAUCAUACCCUCGUCCUUUACCGAACACCAUCGGUGCGAGAUGCUCUCACAAUUCCUGAAUUAGCACCCCUUGAACCGCUCAGAAGGAUUUCGGGCACUCACGACGAGAUCAUCGACCUUGCAUACGUCUUACCUGAUCGCUCCAUGAUGGCACUGGGCACAAAUUCGGAAGACGUGCGAUUAGUUUCUGUGGCAGAGGUAGACGGAGGAGCAGAUGAUACUAUUGGGACAGGGCAUUACCUGGGCCAGGAUAUAGGCUUGCUCAAAGGUCACGACGAGAUCGUGAUUACGCUCGACGUCGACUGGUCCGGACACUGGAUCGCAACAGGUGCCAAGGACAACACGGCUCGGCUGUGGCGGGUGGACCGGGAGAACAACAGCUACACGUGCUGGGCCAUAUUUACGGGACACGCAGAAUCAUUGGGUGCUAUUGGCCUCCCCAAGACUAUUCCUCAGGAUUCGUCUGCAGCUUACCAGGACCCUGUCAACAACCCUCCCGCGUUUUUGGUAACAGGAUCUCAGGACUUGACGGUGAAGAAGUGGGAGAUCCCUCGGCAAGCCCAGAAGAAAGCCAAGGCUCUGUUUACGAGAAAGGCGCACGAGAAAGACAUCAAUGCGCUCGAUAUAAACCCCACAGGACAACUAUUUGCAUCUGCAUCGCAGGACAAGACUGUCAAGAUCUGGUCUGUGGCUGAGGGUGAGGUCCAGGGUAUUCUUCGAGGCCACAAGAGGGGUGUGUGGUCAGUCAGAUUUGCACCAGCCAACACGCCCACCAUCCAAGGCGACAAGGGGGCAGUGGCCGGAAAAGGUCUGAUUUUGACCGGCUCUGGAGACAAGACCGUCAAGGUAUGGAGCUUGUCUGAUUAUACUUGCCUGAGGACAUUCGAGGGCCAUUCGAACAGUAUUUUGAAGGUGGCAUGGCUCAAUCAGCACACAGAGGGCGACAAGUCAAAGCGUGUCCAAUUCGCCAGUGCCGGUGGUGACGGUCUCGUAAAGGUCUGGGAUGUCAACAGCGGCGAGACAGAGACGACGCUAGAUAACCACGAGGACCGGGUUUGGGCCCUUGCUGUACACCCCGAAACGAACAUGAUAGUCUCGGGAAGCGCAGACUCCACAAUCACCUUCUGGAAAGACACCUCAUCACAGACACAGUCUGCGGCGGUCGAGGCAGCCACCAAGCUGAUUGAGCAGGAGCAGGAGCUCGAGAACUACAUGCAUACUGGCGCAUACAGAGAUGCCAUCGCGCUUGCACUGCAGCUCAACCACCCUGGCAGAUUGCUCAACCUCUUCACCAAAGUUGUCACCUCCAAGGAACAAGACAAGGGGAGCUUGUCCGGCCUCAAGGCGGUAGACGAGGUCUUGGCGACGCUCUCGGACGAGCAGAUCUUCUUGCUGCUACUGAGGCUGCGGGAUUGGAACACCAAUGCCAGAACCGCGCCAGUAGCCCAGAGGAUCUUGUGGGCCGUCGUCAGGAGUUACCCGGCCUCCAAGUUCUCCAACCUGUCAGUCAAGGGUGCGCGUGGGCAGAAGAGCUUGAAUGAGGUUCUGAACGCGCUGAAGGUGUAUACCGAGAGGCACUACAAGCGCAUGGAGGAGCUUGUGGAUGAAUCGUACCUGGUCGAGUAUACGCUGCAGGAGAUGGAAAACUUGGCACCAACGAUGGACUUGCCCUCAGCUGAUGAGAAUGGUAAGGCGGAUGUGCUGAUGCUGGAUGCAUCUUCAUGA